UAAACGUACAUCCUUCAUAGUUUGUAGUGAUUGCUAAAAUGUCAUAUAUUGCCAUAUAUUGCCUGUGAAAAGAAUUUUUAUUUUUGCAUUCUUAUGAAUAAGUAUUUAAUUAAACUUUGAAAUAAAAAAAAAGCAUAAGAUUAACACUGUGAAAAAAUGUUUAGUACUAAGUCUUUUGACGUUGUGAGUUUCAACUCUGAAUUGUCUACCACAAAGUCGGAGACAACCGCAAAUGUUCAAACCACAGAGAUAAUUUAUGCUGCUGAUAGUGCACAAACCACAGAAACAAGGAGCAUUGGAAUUCAAACAAUGAAUGAACAGAAAACAAAUGUGCAUGUAGAUUAUGAUAAACUGGCAGAUUUCUUAAAACGUGUUACACCAGGAAUCCUGGGUGCUCUUGAUGAAGCUUAUGGUACAAAUGCUUUUGAUGACUACGAUACUAAUGUUAAAGAAGUCUGUUCCGUCAAUAUAGAAUUAUUACAAAAAAUAACUGCUUUAAAAGAAUCGGAUACUCAGAUGAAAAUAAGCGAUUUGUCAUGGAGUACUGUCGGUGGAACAUUGGCAGUUGGUCUCAGCCAUAUUAAUCAUGAAGCAUGGUGCGACCACUUUUCUACAAUUAAGUUUUAUAAUCUUACAAAAGAGGAUAACUUCACAGAUAUACCUACCAAAACAUUAGUGACAAAUGGAUGUGUCGCAACAUUAUCUUAUCAUCCAAUAGAUCCCUCUAUCUUAGCAACUGGUUUGGCUAAUUGGGAAGUGCUGAUCUGGAAUCUUAGAAGCGACAAUUCGAUCAAAUCUACGCAUGUAUGCACACACAGCGACUGUGUAUCUCAAGUAUACUGGAAACCGAGAAUGUUGAAUGACGUGACACUGCUGUUAAGCUCCAGCAAGGAUGGAUAUAUAUCGGCUCACAAGUUGACUGCUAAUUUCACGACUGUUCAGCUGUAUAAACGAUUUAAAAUAGCCAAAGAACGUAAUCCAGUGGAAAAUGCUAGACCACGCAGCGCAGGUGGUACGCGUGAACGCGCCGCGGAAGCAGGAUUAUGCAUCAUGACUUUUGACUUUUCUUCAAAACACCCUACUAUAUUUGUCGUCGGAACAUUAUGCGGUGGAAUAUACAAGUGUAGCUUGGAUAGUGUAACUUCCAUCGAAGGAGGUCCAUCGCUGAUAGAUCCCGUAAUCGACGAGUAUGAAAGACACGGAGGUGCUGUUACUUGCAUUAAAUGCUCACCAUCACGUAAUUUAUUUGUUAGCAGUGCUAUGGAUAAAGAAAUUCGUAUAUACAAUCUUGACGAGCACGUCAGCCAACAAACUAUUUCCAUCGACAAUACGGUCGUAGGUUUAACAUGGAUGAUCGGUAAUCAAGACAUAUUCGCAGCAUAUGGAGCAGGUGCGUUUAUAAAAUUCUACAACGUCACGGAUGGUAAACCCGUGACGAAUGCAAAAUUCCAAAUGACUGGUAGAGAAGAUAUCAGUAGCUUACGCAUUAAUUCCAAGAGAGAUAUGCUGGCUAUUGGAGAUGUUCGAGCGAAUGUUGAAAUAUGGAAAUUUCCACGUCGCUUGUUUUGAACAAGAGUUCCAAUUGACGUAAUUAUUUUAUAUGAUUUUUGCAGAAUGACCUGAUGUCAUUCUUUAUAUUUCACGUAACACAUGUAACCGUUUUUACUGAAAUAAAUUAUUCGAAAUAUUGAACUCUGUCACAUCGUAUGUUUUUUUUUCGGGUAGAUAAGUGAUGACGACAUUUCUUGAUAACAUAUUUCUCAUGAAUUAUAAAUUAUCUUAUAACUGGAAAUAUUCGUAAAUCUCGAGGAUCGCUUCUGAAACAACAACUUGUGCAACACAUUUUAUUU